AUGGCGGCUACACCUGUCCUCAGCCAAGCGCUAGAAAAAGCGCUAAGACCGGUCCUAACUGAACUGGCGGACAUCAAGACUGAAAUCUCCCAAGUGGGGCACAGAGUGGAAGCCCUAGAGCAGGCGACGCAAGACCUCAAUUCACAUGCCAAUGGAGUGACCGAAUGUCUCAGUGGCCACGCUGAAGAACUUAACAGAGCCUUCUCACUACUAGAGGACCAGGAAAACCGUAGCAGACGGCGCAACAUCCGCAUAAAGGGCCUCCCCGAGUCUUGGGCAGCUGAAUCGCUACGCAAAGUGGCCCUGGAGAUAUUUGCCGACAUACUGGAUUCGGACUCGGCCGCCUCAAUAAUAAUCGAGCGCAUCCACAGGGCGCUUAGGCCUCAACCAGCAGCGGACAUCGGUAAUAUCACCAUAUCUGAUCAUGCUCCAUGCUUGGCGUCCUUCACCCUCACUUCCCUACCGAAAAGAGACUGGUGCUGGAAGCUAAAUGAAUCUCUCCUAUACAACCAACUCCAUGCAGACCAGACAAAUCUGACUAUGGUCACCGAGUUUUUCCUCUUAGGAUUCCCAGGCAACCAACUUUUAAGAAGCAUUAUAUUCCUUCUGUUUCUUUUGGUGUUUGGAGCAACAAUAUAUGGAAAUCUCCUGAUCAUCGUCCUGGUGUCCACCAGUAAGAACCUCUACACUCCAAUGUAUUUCUUCAUAUCACAACUGUCCAUCAGUGAUAUCUUAUUAACCACAAAUAUUGUCCCCAACCUGCUCCACAUUCUACUGAAUAAUGGAGAAACAAUUACUUUUAUAGGUUGUAUCACUCAGUUUUAUUUUUUCAGUGUCUCAGAAGUAUUUGAAUGUCUCCUCCUCACAGUGAUGUCUUAUGACAGAUAUGUGGCCAUCUGCAAUCCCCUCCGUUACACUUCUAUUAUAACAAGUGAAUUUUGUGUGAAAUCAGUUGUUUUGAGUUGGGUUUUGUGUUUUUUUGUUUCAAUCAUUGUCACCAUAACACCAUCAAAGCUGAGCUUCUGUGCAUCAAAUAUCAUUGACCAUUUCUUCUGUGAUAUUGUUCCCUUAGUGGAAAUUUCUUGUUCUGAUGCCUUCAUUGUCCAUUUAGAGAUGUAUUUAUUAAGCAUUGCUUUAAUUAUUGCUCCUAGCACAAUAAUUAUAAAAUGUUAUGUGUGUAUUAUUGUUGAUAUCUUAAGGAUCCCAUCCAGUACUGGUAGACAGAAGGCCUUCUCCACCUGUAGCUCCCACCUCAUUGUGGUCUCCAUAUUUUAUUGGACAUUGUUCAGUGUUUAUGUUUUCCCAACAAACGGACAAUCAUCAACCAUCAGUAAAAUCCUAUCCCUGCUAUAUACUGUAUUUACUCCUUUGGUCAAUCCUGUUAUAUACAGUUUAAGAAAUAAAGAUAUUAGGAAAGCCAUACGUGUUAAAGUGAAACAAAUAAAAAAAAGUAUA